CCGGCACUCCACUCACUGCGCCUGCGCAAGGGAAGAUAGGCGGGAGCGGAGGCCGCCGAGGAAGAGGGGCUUCUGAGCGUGUGCAGAGCGCUCUUCCGCGGCUGCAGCAGCAUGCUGGAAGAGGGAAGCUCGUCGGCGCUGGUGGCCGCCGCCGCAGCCGCCUCCUCCUCCUCCUCGGCGGCGGCGGCAAGGCCGGUCUUCCAGCGCGAGGACGGGAGUGCGGUGCGGUUCUACAUGCGGCCCGGCGCGGGCAAGGUGGAGCUGGCGCCGCUGAUCCUGCGCGGCGGGGGCCGCCUCUGCCGCCUCCGGGAGCCCGGCGCCGUCUGCCUCGCCUCGGCCCAGGAGCAGCAGCAGCAGCAGCAGCAGGACGCGGCCGGGGGCGGCCUCGUGUCCUCCCGGUACGUGGUGGACUGCCUGGCGCGCGGGGAGCGGCUGCCGCUCGAGCCCUACCGCCUGCCCGCCAGCCGCCCCCGCCGCCGCGGCUGCCUUGCCCCUGCUGGAGCCCUGCCGAGUGGGGAGGCCACUGCCGGCGACGUCGCCCAGGGAGAGGCUUCUCAGAGCCCGGCCGCGGUGGCAGCAGCAUUGGGGUCGAAGGCGCGGAGCAUCUUCCAAAUGGCCAACAAAGAAUUCGAAGAGGCCGAGGGGGACAGUGAGAGUUCUGGCCCUGGAGAAGACACACCUCCAAAACACACAGAGUUCAGGAGCUAUGAGGAAGCAGCCUCUCCUAAUCUCCAACCCACAGGGCUUGGGUUCUCACCUAGUGAGGCUUCUCUUGUGCCCCAAAGCCCGUCCCCAGAGGAAGAACAGCCUUCGGGCCCCUCUGCGGUAGAGGUGGCUCUGGCUGUGGAGGACAUGAAGCACUUCAUGGACGAGUUUGAGGUGGACUUGGCUACCGUGACUCAAGCUUUUCUGAAAAACAGUGGGGAGGUGGCAGCAGUGGCCUCUUGUCUGCAGGCCGGUCAGCGCUUGGACGGGCGCCCACUGUGGAGCAGGCAGGAUGACGUGAGCUUGUUGAAGGACGAUGAGCACCUCCAGAGCAAGCUGGUUGCCCGGUAUGGAGCAGAGAAUGUGGCCAGGCGUGUGGCAUUCAGGAGGAGCUAGCUUGUGUGGCUGCCCUGGCCUAGGUGAGCGGGCCGUUACGCCCCUCUCUCGGAGACACACUUCCUUUCUGGGAGGUACAUGGCCAGUGUGAAGAGUGCUACAGGCUGGUUAUACGUCAGGGGAUAUUCUUGGGACACCUGCAGGCUACAUGGCUGAAGACAAGCUGUUGUGGCAGCAGCAGCAGGGCAGCAUUCCUCCUCCUGCUCUCGGUCCGCAUCAUUAAAAUUGUAUACAGCC